AUGCAAAAGGCAAUGAAAAGCGCAGAAUAUAUAAAAGCUAAUAAUGACUGGUUAGAUGCCCAAGCCAACGCUAAAGCAGCCCAACUUAUAGGGUCAAUAAGGACAAAAAUACAAGCGGAUGAAGACAGUUCAAAUGAAGCUUUAAUGAAUGCCGACUUUAAGAAUGCCUUCGAAGCUCUUCAUAGUAAGGUGAAACUAGUGAACGACUUCUCAUCUGGAAAGAAACUGAAGUCUGAAGGUUUCGACAAAGAGUUAAGAGAAGUAGCACAAAAUAUGACGAAAAUAACAGAUGCAGCAACGAGACAGGCAGUUCAAAGUGCCUAUGACGCCGUUAGAGCAACUGUUGUGGAAAGUCAAGAAAAAGAGUUACAACAGACCAAAACAGACCUAGUAAAUGCUUUCUUAAGAACGAAAAGUCAGGUAGGACAUUAUGCUGCAGAUGGAACAUAUGUGCCAGCUGGUGGAACUUAUAUACCAGCUGGUGGAACUUAUAUACCAGCUGGUGGAACUUAUAUACUAGCUAGUGGAACUUAUAUACCACCAAACCCUCCAAGAGAAGCACCUGCACCAGGACUACCUAAAACAUUUACAUCGUCACAUGGACACAGACACAGGCAUGCACCAAAACCAACACAACAACCAACAGUUCAAAAUCCAGCACCACAACAACAACCAGCACCACAACCAACACAACAACCAACAGUUCAAAAUCCAGCACAACAACCAACAGUUCAAAACCCUGCACAACAACAAGCACAAACAGAGCAAGGACAUAAAAGAAGUAGAGAACAAGGAAACCAAGAAUUCUUAAAAAUGCUUAAGAAAGAUUAUAGUUACCCAGAUACUCUUGACUUUAGUGACAGAUAUAAAGAAGCUAUUAGAAAGUUCAAGGAAGGAAAUACUGACCCGAACCUAUUUAGCUUUAUGGCUCAGCACCAAAUGGGAUAUAAUUUCAAACCUGGAAAAUACAAGCUCGCUAAGGGAUAUGAUUUAAUAGCAUAUCAUCCAAAUGACAUGAAUGAAUUUACUCCGAGAUAUUUGGUGUCAGAGCUAAAUGAUAAUUCAACUCUCUUCAUGAAACGCGUAAAAAAUAGAGACGGAACGAAAGAAGAAAGGUUUAUGAGUCCAGAUGACUUAGAUAGGGAACUUGUUAAAAACGGUCUCGGAAUAUAUGAAAUGCCAGCAGAUGAGGUACAAGAAACUCAACAGGAAGAAGUUCAGAUACAACCAGACAUGGAAGAAAUAGUUCAGCAACAACAGCUAGAAGAGCCUGAAGGAAACGAACAAGUCCCUCCUUUGGAAACUAACUUCACAGAACUAGAUGAAAAUUUGGAACAGCCGAAAAAUCUUGACCCUCAACAAGUGUAUGCGGAGAAUAUGGAAUCUUUCCAAGAGUCUAAGAAAAAUUCGGCUGACAUAGUAGAA